AUGGGUGGAACAAAUGGGGAGAGCGAACAGUCGACAGGGGCGGCGAAUGAUGCCAUCCCUCGACCAAAGAGGAUUGCCUGCAUAUUGUGCCGCAAAAGGAAACUGAAAUGUGACUCGAACAAACCGAGCUGCGGGACAUGUUCGCGCUUAAAUCACCACUGUGAAUACUCUGAAGAACGGAAAAAGAGCGGUCCCAAGAGAGGAUAUGUCAAACUUCUGGAAGCACGACUCAAGCAAGUUGAAAACUUGCUGGAAACAAGAGAUGCGACGAAUGAAGCCACUACCCACAUGACCCAGCCCACACCAGCAGCGGACUCAUUUGCCACUAUGCCUCCUCUAGAUAUCCGCGAUGGUCUCGAUACUUCGAUGUCUGGAAUGAUGGCAGACAACAGGUUUACUGAUCCGACUCUGACCGGGAUGCCGGAUUUCACCAUGAACUCCAACGACGAUUUCUCUUGGGAGAUGAUAGGUCUUGGUCUUGAAGAAGCUUUACCCGCACGAGAGGUGAUAGAUGAGAUGAAUGAGAUAUAUUUCGACAAAAUCCAUCCGUCCUUGCCCAUGAUCCACAAAGGCCGUUUUCUGGCUUCAAUGGACCUCGCGCCUCAUAUGCGCCCCGCGGUGUGCCUAAGAUAUGCUAUGUGGACCCAUGCUUGUGCCAUCACCUCCAAAUAUUCAGCUUACACCGAACACUUUUACGCCAGGGCUCGGAAGUACGCAGAAAUGGACGAGAUGAGAGGACACGGUGAGGGAAUGAUCACAAUCGCUCAUUCUCAGUGCUGGACGUUGCUUGCCUGUUACGAGUUUCGGGUAAUGUACUUCCCGAGGGCGUGGAUGAGCAUCGGCAGAGCUGCACGACUGGCGCAAAUGAUGGGUCUACAUCGACAGGAUCGCGUUGGUCUUGACGUGAAACAAACAUUGCCACCUCCUCGAGACUGGACCGAUCGCGAAGAACGGCGGCGCACCUUCUGGAUGGCGUACUGUCAGGACAGAUACGCCAGCAUCGGUACUGGCUGGCCAAUGGUCAUUGACGAGAGAGACAUUCUCACAAAUCUACCGGCUAGCGAGGAAGCCUUUAAUAAAUGUCAACCAGAGCCUACACUGCAAUUAUCCGAUAUCCUGAAUGGUGAUGGGGCGUCUUCGCUGUCUUCAUUUGGCGGUGUCAUUCUUUUGUCAACAAUAUUCGGGAGAAACCUUACCCAUCUCCAUCGUCCGUCGGAACAAGACAAUGACCAUGAUUUGAACGGUGGAUUCUGGAAGCGCCAUCGGUCUUUGGACAAUAUUCUUCUCAACACAGCUUUGUCACUCCCUCCACCUCUCCGCCUCCCAGCAGGCCUCAAUGAUCCGAACACCGUCUUUCUCAACAUGAAUAUCCAUACAGCUACUAUAUGUUUGCACCAAGCAGCCAUAUUCAAAGCUGAUAAAAAUCGAUUGCCAGCCCAGAUCAGUGCCGAAUCCAAACGUCGAUGUAUCGUCGCAGCGGACCAAAUCACGAACGUCAUGAAAAUGAUCAGUCACAUGGACAUGUCGAUGAUGAAUCCUUUCCUCGCGUUUUGUCUAUAUGUGGCUGCUCGAGUGUUUGUGCAAUAUCUCAAGUCGAGACGAGAAGAUGCUGCAGUCAAAUCCUCCCUGCACUUUCUACUUGCCGCGAUGCAAGUCCUGAAAACCAAGAAUCCUCUCACUGAGUCGUUCUUAGUGCAGCUCGAUGUUGACCUCGAAGGUAGUGGCUUGGAUAUCCCAACCAGCUAUUCGCGAUGGAAAUUCGGGCAUCGCCCACCGGGCGAAAGUCCUGCUAACACGGAUGCUUUGAAAUGUUCUCCCCUCUUCGAAAUUCGAGAGACUCAAGGACGAGAAACAGUUGGAGCAGCCCAAGGGGCCAACACCCAGGGCAUACAACCCCCUUGGCCCGGGGAUGCCAAUGCUGCCUCCGCGACCAGCAGCUACCCAAGCUUAUAUGCGACGGAAGGGUUGGGCACCAACUCACAGAUGGGCCAGACAAUCCCCCCAGCAGGCGAUGGAUUGGAGAAUAGUUAUGGCUUUCCAAUCCAGUCGGUGGGAACAGACACUUCGCCAGACACUUCGCACCAGGAUGGGAAUGGCUCACGGCCGCAUUCUAAUCACCCAACGCCUUCAACGUUGUCAAACCCGAACUCAUCGCAUACGUCGUACACUUCGCCGCCGAAUUUAUCCAGCAGCGGAAACACUACGAGCAGUGGGCAAGGGCAACCUUCGCCAGGCUAUGUGUUUCCAGGUGGCGCGCAGUCUUCGUGGACCAUGAACAUAUCAACUCAGUCUGGGCAGGAUGCAUCACCACAGCAAAGCAGUAUGAACUUUGGCUCUACCGGGAUGACCCCUGGCCCUACAGGACUGACUCCUAUGGCCGACCCGCUCUGGGCAACGGAAGGAAUGCCAGAUGGGAAUGAAUGGAUGUUUGCAUGGGCCGGUUCGACGCCGCAGCCACAGUGA